UUGCGAGUAUAAAAGGGCCGGAGAGUUAUAGGUUAGCAUCAGAUUUUAUAACAGUGUUGUAAUAUCAUCUUUACAAAAUGAACUUCCUUCACUAUAUUAUGGCCAUUGUGGCUUUCUUGAUGGCGCUGACAUCCAUAGGAGGCUGUUCGCUUCCAGAUGAUAACACCGGAUGUGUGCCGACGCCUACUCCGUGCCCCGGGCCGCCGCAGCCGCCGCCCCGGGGUCGCUCUAAGUCCCGCUCCAAAUCCAAGAAGCGCUCUAAGUCCAAGUCCAAGUCUAGGUCUAAGUCUAACUCUAAGCCUAAGUCUCGCUCUAAGUCUCGCUCAAGGUCUAAGCAAAGGAAAGAUUGUUAGUUGAAGUCAUCUAUCGGUAGAUGGCGUUACAACCUGCAUAAAAAAACUUUUUUUUUUGGCAUUAUUUUGUAAAAUUAUCAUCCAUAGCAUAGCGUUAGUGAACCAUUAAUGUAGUUUUGGAAUGUUUUUUAAUUUUUAAAUUAAUAUGAUUUUUUUACAUUUUAACGUUUUCAUCUUACAUUAACGUCAUUGUAACAUUUUUAACUUGCUAACAUUAACAUGUACUUAUUGUGUAAAGGUAAUAAAGAUGCUUCUAAUCUCA